AUGGCAAGUCGUGCUCCUCGACUGUUAGCCUUGGAUCUGACCGUACGCUCUCGCUCGACCUCUCGCGAUUGGCUCGAAGCUUCAGGAUCCGCAUUGUGUCUGGAUAAUGCGAAGAUCAAGUCGUUUCCUGGCAAGCCAUCUCACUUCCAUGCUAGAGACUUUGAGCAAGCAGAUGCUGUUGCAUUGCAAAGCAUCCCAACAACAGAUUCUAGCCGAUCUCUACGUUUACCAUUCGAAAUAGACGACUCUGAGAAUGUGAGUGAUCUUCAGGAACCUCGCACAUACGAAGUGGACCAGGAUGGGCAAGAUCCUCCAAGCCCAACAUCAGACAAGGAGGAAGCAGAACCGCAAGCGUUUCGAAGGUGGGUCAGCACAUUGAGACGAAGGAAAGCUCACCAGCCGGAAGCCCUUGCUCCGCGGAAGGACAGAUGGACACUGGAUGAUUUCGACGUCGUGCCGGAGAAGGAAAUGAUUCCAGGACGUUCGCAUCAUGGAGCAUCCCAUUCGGACAGCUCGUCGCUGGCUUUCGUUACGGCAGUCAAGUCUGCGACAGUCACGUUGGCAAGCGUAAGCAUUGCCGCGAUCUCACGCCGUGGUCGUGGCGCUCAUCUUGGCUUUGAUCGUGGCUUCAAGAGUCCAGAUCGUAGUUUCAUGAGUCCAGAUCGAGAUCUUCGGACGUCCAUCGAUGGAGCGAUCAGUGCAACGGAUGUGCUAGCGAGACAGCGUGGUCGCAAAAGACGUGAAAAGAUCGAGGAGCUGAUCAGGACUGAAGAAAGUUACGUUGCAGAUUUGAAAGCACUUUCAGACGCAUAUUUCACCAUACUCGUCAAUCAAACGACUUCGGCAAGCUAUGUUCGACACACAGCACAGAAGACAAUCAGUGAGCUCCUAAGACUUCACAAUGAUAUCCUUGGCGAAUUACAUGCCGUUGUGCCGUUCGCAGAAUACGACCAGAGUACUGCUAAGACGAACGCGUCUUUCUCAACUUCACACAAUCGAUGGCAUAGCAUCGAUGUGGUCCCUACACGGUCGCGACCUGCGAAGCAUAUGCGGGAAGUCAUCCGCCAGGGACGUCGCUCACUGAACAUCGCUCGUUCCACGGAAGAAGACCACCCUUUGCUUCAAUGUAGUCCGCAAAUAGCAGCCAAAGUCGCCGAGACAUUCUUACGACAGUUACAUCGAUUCGAAAUAUACAGGCAGUACGGCGCCGGUUAUGAAGCGCUGCAACGCGACCUUGACGAGCUCAAGCAAACUCUUGCCACUUGGACCGAAUUCGAUCAAGCGAUCGAAAUUCUCGCCGCUCAUGUGAUACCUUCAAAAAGCUGGGAUUGGCAUAGCAAGAAGGCUAUGAUGAUCAAGGAUCUGCUGAUCAAGCCUAUUCAACGCGUUCCGAGAUACGAGCUAUCAUUUAGCGAGCUAUGCAAGCUCACGCCUGCCUGCGAUGAUCCAAGUUCUCAUGGUACGAUGGAGAGCGUCCGAGACCAGAUCGGUCUGGUUUGUCGACACGUCAAUGAUGCGAGACAACACCCAGCGCGUACGAAAGCCUUGGAGGCGACCUGGCGUGUUGGGGAACGUCUUAACUUCUCUGAUCAGCUGCCACGAUCUGUCUACCUCCGCCUGCUCGGAGAGGUGCAACUAUGCGGUUGUCUAUUUGUGGCAUAUCGCGGCCAGGUGGAAAUACAAGGCUUCUACAUGAUAUGCAUCCUGUUCGAGACAACUCUACUACUAGCCACAAUCAACGAUAACGAAUCAAGUCGAUACAGCAUCAUAGCAGGAAUUCCUCUCGCAUCUCUCACCAUGCAAGACUGCAGCAGCGUCAUCGGUCUGCAAUGCCAUCACGCGCCGCAUUCCUGGAAAUUAACGUUUGAACGAGACAAUCGUCACUACGAGUUGAUACAGGUUGCGUGCUCGGCGGCUGAAGCUUCGGCAUGGCGCGCGCAUAUUGUUUCGGGGAUUGAUCACGCUGUGAGUGCUGUCGCUCGCGGAAGGGCAAAUAUACUUGAACUCCAGUCGCCGCUCAUGGAAGAUAUCAAAAGUAUCGAAGAAAUCAACGAAGAGAAAGGACUUCAACGUUAUAGUUCACUACGCCAUGCAAGUACGCGAAGCAACAGAAGUGAUCAGCACCAUGUUAUCAUCACGAACACACAGACUUACAGCGAGACGGUUGAAACUUCGUCACAAAGCUCUCUGCGACUCCUGAGAUCACAUUCGUCAGCUGUACCGAGCCGUACACAGACGCUCGCACCAAGACGUUCAGAUCGACAUCGCCUUGAGAAGGUAUUGGUAGACGUGUGGAGCAGAGACCUCCUGCCAUAUCCUGGCCUCACUCGGAAGACAGAUCCAUUCCGUGCCUCGGCCAAUCACGUCAUGCGCAAAUUCAGCAUGGCAAGUAUCACAAGCAAUUUCUCAUCUUCAAAGCGAUCUGUGAGCUACACGAGCAUAGGAUCCUGGCGUAAGGACGAGUCCCCGUCCUGUCGUGCCGACGAAGCAAGUCGACAAACUCACAGUCUGCAAGUGAAAGCGACCCCCGACCGUCCAGCUCUAGUCAGCUUUCACACGACACCCGACGCGUUCCUCCCGGCGGACUUUGAGCCGAACAGCACUAUGUCAAAAGGCAAGAAGUCGGCCCUACGACUACUCGCCUCGACAUUCGAGCGACCUUUUACUCCUACGACCACGAACGAGAAUCGCAAAGAAGGACUCGGCAGGACGCAGGGCGUUCGCCAACCCUCCAAAAUCAUCCCGGACGGUGCCAGACCGCCUCAUAGUGUCCAGAGUUCUGAUAGGCAAGUGAUGUUACCUGUGCAUAAUCUGGGGAACGGCGAAGGGUAUUCGGCUUCGUUCAGCCACGACCGGACCGCAAACUUGAAUGUGGAUGGCGAGCGCAAGGGCAAACGAAGCGGGAGUAGGUUGCUACGAUUGUUUCAGUGAUUUGGGAGCGAGAAAUUGUCACCUGCAUCUCUCGAUCGAUAGCCGUAGCCAGCAGUCUUUUAGAAAAUUGCUAUAGUAUUAUCCGAUCGAAAUGGGAAUAGGUUCACAACACAUAUCCCAAAAGCGUUGAACAACAAUUCC